AUGGACAUGAUCAAAGAGGGAGAGCUUCGCGAGCUGUUCAAGGAGUUUGACAAGAACGGCGACGGCAAGAUCACGCGGCACGAGCUCGAAGUGGCGCUGCUCCAGCUCGGCGAGAAGGCGUCGCACGCCAAGAUUGAGACCAUGAUCGAGCAGGCAGACACGGACGGUUUGAAGCUUCCAGUCUCGGAAAAAAAAAACUUCCUUUAUUUGCUAACUAUUAGACAUUUUUCAAUCUCAAGGGAGCAGUUUACCUCUUCCGUUAUUCGUGUAAUAUUAAGACAAAAAGAAAGUUCCCCUUUAAUGUGCUCUUUGAGUUUCUCGAUAUGGCGGCCGUUGAGAUGAACCGACCACUCUUAUGCAUAAUUCAUGAUCAUCUCGAAAUAGCCGAUCUCAAAGUUCAGAAGAACAAAGAAUAUUCGAUUGCAACAAGUUCAAUUCAUAUUUGACUUGCAGGCAACGGUUGUAUCGACAUCGACGAGUUCCUGAACGUGCUCCGACGGCAGCUGUGUGAUCCACGAGAAGAGCGCGAACUCCGCGAAGUCUUCAACGUCAGUCACUUUGUCCUAAUACCCACUCAUAUGACGCACAACUAGAACAUUAAGCCCUGCAACUAAACGUCGCUAUUUCUCUCCACUUGCGACAAAACUCAGAGCUAAACACAUGGAUCCAUAGGACGGAAAAAAAAAACAAAAACACCGAAUGCGGCAGUCGUUUCUCUAAACAAAGGGGAAAAUUAAUGGUGACGCGAGCUGAAUAGGCCACAAAGAAGCGCGGACACGCGAUAUCUAGGAACGCGGCCAACGGCAAUUGAGGACGCUAAAUAACUGGGAAAGAAAAAAAAACCCCCCACUUUUGCUCUCCGCCGAUAAUCCCAAAUGAAAAAAAAAUCAGAGACACCUCUGGUUUUCAAGACGGCAGUUUUUUUUACUAUUGCUUUUCAGGUUUUUGAUCAGAACGGAGACGGUCUCAUCUCUCUGGACGACCUCGUGUUUGUGAUGCUCCAGCUCGGUGAGCGGCUCACCGAGUCUGAGGCCAAGGAAAUGAUUCGCCAGGGCGACAUCGACCACGACGGCAUGAUCGACUUCCACGGUUGGUAUUAAAACACUUAAGCCAUCAGCAGAGCACAAUUUCCGGAAGCCUUCAAGAUUAAAGAAGAGCUUCUACUCCAUUAAACACAAAAAAAAGCUUGCAGGGGAUCGCCAUCAAUUCCAUUAAGAUUAAUUCUCUCACACAAAGCAUUCGCCAAUUACAGAGUUCGUCAUGCUCAUCAAGGGGCAAUGA